AGACCCUAACGAUUUAGCACCCUUGACCCCAGCUCACUUCCUUAUAGGCUCUUCCCUUUUGACCCCGGCAGAACCCGACAUCUCAGAGGAGGACAUAACGCUUGCAAAUCGGUGGAAGAGAUUAAAGAUUAUAUCCCAAAACUUUUGUCAGAGGUGGAAGUCAGAGUACUUAAAUGAGCUUCACCGUAGAUACAAAUGGAAGUAUCAGCAAGAUAACAUACAGGUCAAUGAUUUAGUUGUCAUCAGGGAUGAGAGAUAUCCCACCGAGUGGAAGUUAGGACGAGUUUUUAAAACAUACCCCGGUGUUGAUCAGAACACUCGAGUUGUAGAUAUUCGAACUUCCAAUGGCAUAGUCAGUCGACCCAUAACUAAGAUUGUCAAAUUAUUCUCAGACACCCCUAGCAAUUCAUAAUCACAUCAAAACACGGUACUCACGGGAUUUUGGUUACAGAUAAUGGCCGGAUAUUUACCUCGCCCAGAGUCCCCACGACCCGCCAGACCCACACGCCCUCGCUUCGACCCACGGGAACCCAGGUAUCGCCCCGCAUCUUGGCAGUAUGCCUGUGGCCUCUGCCAGGAGGACCACGCCAUACGGUCAUGCCCGCGGUUCCGGCAAAUGACACCGUAUCAGAGAUACGAGACAGUUGAGAGACGGAGUUACUGUCGGAACUGUCUGGCGCGCAGCCAUCUGGCCCCAGACUGCCCCGUGGUCACUGCCUGCCGAACAUGCGACUACCGCCAUCACACAAUGCUGCAUGGAGCCCCACAGCUUAGGGAGACAUACGGCAGCUACAGCCCGCCCCCAAUGGAGAUUGCCAACCCACGGCAACUUGCAAUCGAACCAGCCAACCAGAUGCCCAUCGUCCAAGGCCCUCCCCCGGUCGAGAUACCUUACAGCCGGGCCACUGUUUUUGUACCCACGGCGAUGGUGGAAUUGGCACCCGAGGAGCAGGACGAUUGGGCUGGGGUACGGGUACUUUUGUGCCAGGCAUCGACCAUCACCCGAAUCGCGGCAGCCACAGUAACUCGCCUGGGGAUACCAACGAGAGAGCGCAGAAGGCACCGUCUGGCAACAAUAAGACUUCGGUCAAGGCAUGCGUCGAGGAGGACCAUGUAUACCAUCCGGGCAGUGGUGACCCGGGAUUUGCCGCGACGACCCUAUUCAGAUCCCAUCAUUCCCGACCCCACAAGCAGCCUAAGAUCCCUUUCUUUGGCAGAUGCUGACCCUAGGGGCAACGAACCAAUCGAUGUAGAGGUAGGGGCCGAUGCCUACGCCCACCUCCGGAGGAGUGGUGUUGUACAACCCGGAUUGGGAGCCGUCUUCGCCCAGGAGACAGAUUGGGGAUACGUGUUCGUCGGCCCAGUCACCUCACAGGCAAGAAACCAAAAUUAAAAAGACGUGAAGAAGACACUAAGAUACAACAUAAACCCACAAGAAGACCCAAAAUCAACACAACACAUGGUUAAACCAUCAAAGUGCGGGACACCAAAAAUAAACACAAGUGCGGGCCACUCUACACACCAUCAACCAAUUCCUAUAUCCUUAGACCCAAAAUCAAAAUGUGAAAUAACCUACUUACCCUCUAAAAUUAAAUUUUCCUACUUAAAGCUAAAGUUAAAAUUUCCUAUCCAAAACUAAAAGUAAAAUUCGCUACUUAAACUAAGAAUAAAUUGUGCUACUUCAUCCUAAAAGAAAUUAACUACUUAAUGCUACAUGUACAAUUGUCUAUCUAAAUUUACCUACAACAAAAGACUGAAUUCGAUUUACUACUUAUAAAUAAUGAAAUGAGCAACAAACACAAUAAACCAUUACAACAGCAUUGAAUUUUAAACCUAA